UCACAAUUACAAUUCAAAUCUGAUUUCACACAAUUCUAAUUUUGACGAUUUCUCACAAUUCCAAUUUGCUGAUUCCUCACAAUAUUAAUUUUGACGAUUUCUCACUUCUCACAAUUCAAAUUUUGCUGAUUCCUCACAAUUCAAAUUUUCAAAAUUCAAUUUCUCACAAAUCAAAUUUACAAAUCUAAUUUCUCACAAUUCAAAUUUUGCGGAUUCCUCACAAUUCCAAUUCGACUCGACUCGACUCGACUUGACUCGACUCGAGUGCAUGGAUGUUGUCCGCCAUACCGGUAGCAUGGUCAACUUCCGAGAGAUCGCCAAGCCAUGCCAUGGUGGUCAACUAACUAUUGAAACGGUACCAAGGUAGUCUACCAUAGCUGAGUUGUUGUCUCCUCUUCUGUUUGCUGACGAUUUGAUUUGGUAUGGCCAAAUUCUACCGUUUGUUGGAGUUGGGCAGUACACUUUCGUGGGGGCUGUGAACAAGAAGAUGAACAUGGUGUACAAAGAGUACUGCAAACUUGAACUCAAGAAAAAUCCAAGAAAGGUACAACAUAUCCCUGGACAGUUUGUUCCCGGUCGCUCUGCAAAAAGCACUGAUACUCUUUUCAGCGAAGCAUUUUCUAACCAGCCCCGUGCAGAGUACUGGUUCAAGGACAAUUCCACCAAUAAGACACCUUAUCGUGAUGAUGUUUGCAAUGUCAUUGCCAAAAUUGGAAAUAUUUUAGUCAUGAAAUGGGCACGGCAGCAAGGUUUCCCAUGGAAUGAACAGACAUGUUCCUACGCUGCUGACAAUGGGCAAAUGAAAAUGCUCCAAUGGUUAAGAGAGAAUGGUUGUGAAUGGAAUGAUCACGUGUGUCAAUCCGCUGCUGCAAAUGGUUAUUUGGAAAUUCUGAAGUGGGCUCGUGCAAAUGGUUGUCCAUGGAAUGAGCAGACAUGUUCCUAUGCUGCGCUAAAUGGACAUUUGGAAAUUUUGAAGUGGGCUCGUGAAAAUGGUUGUCCAUGGGAGGAAGAUACAUGUGCAUGUGCUGCUCGAAGUGGCCAUUUGGAAAUUCUCCAAUGGUCAAGAGAGAAUGCUUGUCCAUGGGAUGAAGAUACAUGUUCCUGUGCUGCUGAAGGUGGUCAUUUGGAAACUUUGAAGUGGGCGCGUGUCAAUGGUUGUCCAUGGGAUGCAGAUACAUAUCGAGAUGCCUGCAUGUAUAAAAAAAGGGAAGUGAUCCAGUGGCUACGCGACUAUAACUGCCCUGGGUCUCAUGAUGAAGGACCCUAACAGCAUUUAUGGUAAGGUUAGAAAUUGGAAUCAAAGUAGACAAUUGCCCUCCCUAUCUUAGCUAGCUAGCUAUUGGCUUGGCGUGAUCCGCCUCGGUCAACCUUUGAGAGACUGUGGUCAAGGAUUACGUGGGUCUGGGGAUUACAUUUUACGGUAGCAACGAUUCCAAUCUGUUUGCCUAGUAGCUCUCCACGAG